ACCACCGCUCAAUAAUAUUUCUUAUAUCCCAAAAAUGCUGUCUCUUGGGCCGUUAAGACCUAAGGGGCUAUCCCGCCAAUUAUUCAUUUGCAUGCACAAGCCCAGUGCUUAUGUCUUACAAACAAGUCGGCCCGCAAGCCUCUCUGCCAUCCACCGCGGAGUACGACGAUCCGAGAGAGUCCAAUUCGGAGACCGGCCUAGAGAUCGAGACUCCUCACUCAAUGGUAGAAGCGGCAGGCUAACUAGAAAGGCGCUCGAAGGUGCAGCAUCCCCUCGGCAACAGCAAAAGCUACGCAAGAAGCUUGAUCGGAAAGCAUUCGAGGAAGAAGAGGAGGAGUCCGGUAAACAGACGAGGCGCAAGCGCUUCCUCAAUCCUGACUUCGAAUACGGGAAGAAGAGCCUGGUUUACCAACUUAAGCAUGGGGCGCUGAAAGACCAGGCUGCUGCUCUUGUUCAAGAGCCAGUGCGUCCGCUACCCUUCCAAAGGCUGGAAAGCAGCCCCCGGCGCAGAACAGAAUCCUCUCGGCCUAUUACAGAGCGUUCGGAGCGGCCACGACCAUCUGUUCGGAGCCAAGUUGAUCGCACCGGUGACUUUCAAGGAGAGGUAGAAUCACCGUCGCCUCGGGAGAGGAGGAACCAGAUGAUGUCAAUGAACAUCAAGUACACAACCGCCGCUUCACAAUUUCUUUACGGCAAAUCGGUCGUGAAAGCCGCACUGGAGCAAGGAAGACGAAAACUAUACAAGCUUUUCAUAUAUGGAGGCGAAAAUCGAAAAGACUCGAAGGACAAUGCGAUCAUAACUCGAUUAGCGGAGAGGCGGGGCGUCCCAGUCACGAUUAUCCCAAACGAAGAUCAGAGAUUAAUGGACAAGAUGAGCAUGGGCCGGCCGCACAACGGCUUCGUUCUAGAGACGUCGCCGCUACCUCGAUUACCGGUAAAGUCAUUAAGCAAACUCGAAGAAACGCCGGGAAAGCUAGGAUUUCAUGUCGAACUAGACUACCAAUCAAAGGAAGAGGAAGCGAUCAACGGGCAAGAUACGUUUAUACCUCGAAAGAACGACAAUGCGCCAAAGCCCUUUGUUCUUUUACUCAAUGAGAUUCUGGAUCCGGGCAACCUAGGAGGCAUUCUGCGAACAGCGAGUUAUCUUGGUGUCGACGCUGUGGGCAUCACAAAUCGCAGCUCGUCCACCUUGACUCCGGUUGUGCUCAAAUCCGCGGCUGGUGCCGUGGAAGAGAUUACGAUAUUCAGCGUGGAUUCACCUGUGAGCUUUAUAGAGGAAUCGAAAAAAGCAGGGUGGAAGACAUACGCCGCCGUCGCGCCGCCUGACCCCAAACUCAUGCAAAGACACGACAAAUUCAUCUCCACGGCCAACGUUGAGGCAGAACGGCCACUGGCCAGCCAUCCUUGCAUAUUGGUGUUGGGGAACGAAGGACAUGGCCUGUCUAAACCAAUCAAGGUAGCAGCUGACUAUGAGUUGUCAGUGCCAUAUUUCGUGCGCAACAGCAGCGUGGACAGCCUGAACGUCAGUGUUGCUGCUGGCUUGUUAUGCCAUUCCUUUGUGAGGACGCCGUUUGUUACAGCGUCAACGCCCACGAAAGCUCGGGAAGAGACGUCAUCGCAUCCCGAACUGGAAACCGGGAAAGAUGAGAAAGAAACCAUGUUUUGAAAAGGAUAUUAUAUAGAGCCAGCAUAAUGACAGUAUGAGAGUAUGACAUGUAUAUAGAAAUUUCGGCGAGCUGUAAGAUAACGAUGUAUAUAUAUGUAUACCUACAUGGAGGCCAUAGUUUUUAACCCGAAGUCAGCUACCUGAUCCAUUUUGGCUGGUGGUAGCCAUCGAAG